AUGGCACAAGGAUAUAUUGUGUCUUUAGAUGGUGGUCAAUGUCUUGAAGAUACUGCAGAGGAGUUCUUUCUGAUCUUGUUGCGAAGAUGUUUAUUUCAGGAUGUAAAGAAGGAUCAAUGGGGUAACAUUACGUCUGUAAAAAUGCAUGACUUAAUGCACGAUGUUGCUCAAGAUGUGCAGAGGGAUGAAUAUGGAAAAGAUUUAUCGAGUAGUACUAGAAUUCGUUCAUACUUUGCUGAUGAUUUUGUAGAUAAAGAAAUAGAAAACAUGACUGCUUUAAGAUCGUUGAUGCUGAUUUCACGUGAGUUUACUUUUCUUUAUUCCCUAGACAAAUUGUUGCUUUUGAGAUAUAUUUUCGUGGGUUUGAAAUAUUUAGAAGCAAUACCUAAUUCAAUUACAAGGUUAUAUAAUCUGCAAACAUUACAUUUACAUUGUAAACAUCUAAGAGAGUUGCCAAAAGAUUUUAGUAAUUUGAUAAACCUUAGGUGUUUAAAUUUAAGAGGUUGUCGUUUUUUGAUCGGUAUGCCUUUAGGUUUGGAUAAAUUGACAAAUCUAAAAGUUCUAUCGUAUUUUGUGGCGGGUAAUGAAGAUUUAUGUGGAGAACUCAAAGUGAUACAAACCUUCAGUGAGAUAAAAGGAGGCAUGCACAUCAAAAUAGGAGAAAAUUAUAAAAAUGUGAAUGGCUUGAGUGACAUAGGAGAAGGAGAAGGUUAUUUGAACAAUAUGAAACAUCUAAGCAAGGUUAAAAUUGAAUUUGAAGGUGAGUGUGUUAACCCCGAAGGUGUGUUGAUAAAACUACAGCCAUCUCCCAAUCUUAAGAGGUUCAAGUUGGAAGGGUACCAUGAGAGCGUGGAAUAUAUGGAGAAAGAAUUUAGCAGCAGUGUGGAUACAGAAGCAAUAGCAGAAUUCUUUCCUUCCCUUGAAACAUUAAUAAUUAGAAAGAUGUCAGAGCUGAUAGGAUGGUGGAAGGGGAAUGUAAAUAUGAGAUUGAGAUUUCCCUGUCUAUCUUUUUUAAAUAUUGAAAACUGCCCUAACUUAACAUCAUUUGCUCCCUAUUAUAGCACAAAAAAUUUGCCAGAGCACGAUCUUCCUCGUCUCUCUGAAUUGCUUAUUGAAACUUGCCCUAACUUGGCUUCAAAUCUAAUUUUCCCAAGCUUGGAAAAGUUGAAAUUGAAUAAUGUCAAUGAAGGGUUGUUAAUAACUUGUGUGUAUCCGCAAGUGAGCGUCACCAAACAAAGAGAAAUGAUUACGGAUAAUCUUAAAUCACUACGCAUAAGUUAUGUCACAGAACUCACACUACAGUAUUGUGGAGAUAUGGAGGUAGAGAGAUUUUUAGAGGCAUUAGAACAAAGCUGUGCGUCUUCCCUCUUAACCCUUGAAAUUAAUAGUUGUGCGUACCUUAAGAGACUAUCAGGGUUGGAGUAUCUCACUUCCUUGCAGGAGUUGAAGUUGAGCAACAACGAACAAUUGUGCAUGAAUGAAGAUGACGAAGAGCCAUGGAAAUCCUUUCAUUCCCUCCGUAAACUAAAUAUUUAUUCUCUCCAAAAAAUAAAAAGCUCGCCCAAGGGGAUGAAACACUUGACCUCCCUUCAGGACCUCUCUAUUUAUUAUUGUCAUAAUUUAGAAGGUCUACCACAAUGGAUGAGUUCCUUAUCAUCUCUUCAAUCCUUGGUGAUAGAUUAUUGUAAUGGCAUCAAAUCAUUUCCCAAAGCAAUCAAGGACCUCACCUCCCUUAAAAGCCUUACAUUAACAAAUUGCUCAGAUCUAAUAGAAAGAUGCAAAAAUCCCAACGCGGAGGACUUUCUCAAAAUCCAACACAUCCCAGAAGAUAACAAAAGAGCUUGGCGAUAA